GACCGGCUGUACUUUGUCAUGGAAUACGUCACCGGGGGGGACCUCAUGUACCACAUCCAGCAGGUCGGAAAGUUCAAGGAGCCGCACGCGGCAUUUUACGCGGCCGAAAUCGCCAUCGGUCUCUUCUUCCUGCACAACCAAGGGAUCAUCUACAGGGACCUGAAGUUGGACAACGUGAUGCUGGACGCUCAAGGCCACGUGAAAAUCACCGAUUUUGGGAUGUGCAAAGAAAAUAUUUUUCCAGGAAACACCACCAGGACUUUUUGUGGAACUCCCGAUUACAUCGCUCCCGAGAUUAUUGCUUAUCAACCCUAUGGAAAAUCCGUGGACUGGUGGUCCUUCGGAGUCCUGCUCUACGAGAUGUUGGCCGGGCAGCCCCCUUUUGACGGCGAGGACGAGGACGAACUUUUCCAAUCCAUCCUGGAGCAGACGGUGACGUAUCCGAAAUCCCUGACCCGAGAGGCCGUGGCCAUCUGCAAAGGGUUCCUGACCAAGCACCCCGGGAAGAGGCUGGGGGCGGGCCCGGGGGGGGAACAGGAGGUUCGGGGUCACCCCUUUUUCCGCCGCACGGAUUGGGAACGUCUGGAACGUCUGGAGGUGCCGCCCCCCUUCACCCCCCGCCCGUGCGGCCGGAACGGUGAAAAUUUCGAUAAAUUUUUCACCCGGGCCCCCCCAGCUCUGACCCCCCCGGACGCUUUGGUUCUGGCCGGACUGGACCAAGCUGAGUUCGAGGGGUUCAGCUUCACCAACCCCGACUUCCCUCAGCCCUCGGGGUCCCUCGUGUGACCCCAAAAAAAUUUGGGGACACCCCGAAAAAAAUUUGGGGUCUUUACACCCCAAAAUCCCCCCAAAAAAUCCCCAAAAAUUAAAAAAAAAAAAUGAUUUUUUCCACCUAUUUUUCAAGUUUUCCCCCCCCAUUCUGGAAUGUACCAAUGCUCGUGUCACCCCCAAAAAAAUUUGGGGAACCCCCCGAAAAAAAUUUGGGGACCCCUCCGAAAAAAAUUUGGGGUCUCUACACCCCAAAAUCCCCCUAAAAAUCCCCAAAAAUUUAAAAAAAAAAUUGAAUUUUUAGCGUUAUAUUUCAGGUAUUCUCCCCCCGUUUUGGAACGUACCAAUGCUCGUGUGAUCCCAAAAAAAUCUGGGGACCCCUCCAAAAAAAUUUGGGGACACCCCGAAAAAAAUUUGGGGUCUUUACACCCCAAAAUCCCCCCAAAAAAUCCCCAAAAAUUAAAAAAAAAAAUGAAUUUUUCCACCUAUUUUUCAAGUUUUCCCCCCCCAUUCUGGAAUGUACCAAUGCUCGUGUCACCCCCAAAAAAAUUUGGGGAACCCCCCCAAAAAAACAUUUGGGGACCCCCCCCCAAAAAAAAAUUUGGGAUCUUUGCAGCCCGAAAUCCCAAAAAAAUCCAUAAAAAUUUUUAAAA